GUGGAUGACGCCUCCUACGAAGUCAUGCAGAUCGACAUUGAGAUCGAAGGACCCAGUGACCCACCCUCCACACAGCUUGUCACGUGGCAGGUUGAAUACCCAGGAGACAUCACAUCUGACUUGGGAGUGUCCAAGAUCUAUGUGAGCCAGAAGGACUUGAUUGGGGUCAUACCACUGGCAAUGGAGGCAGAGAUACUGAACACAGCCAUCCUCACUGGAAAGACAGUGGCUGUCCCUGUGAAGGUGAUCUCGGUAGAGGAAGAUGGCACAGUGCAAGGUCUGUCGGACUCGGUGGAGUGCAGGUCAGCAGACGAAGACGUGGUUAAGGUUUCUGACAGAUGUGACUAUGUCUUUGUCAAUGGGAAGGAAAUGAAGGGCAAGGUAAACGUGGCUGUCAGCUUCACCUACCAGCACCUGAGCAGCCCCCUGGAGAUGACAGUGUGGGUACCACGGCUACCCCUACAGAUUGAGGUCUCAGACAUGGAGCUGAACCAGAUCAAGGGCUGGAGGGUCCCUGUUAUCUCCAACAAAAGACCAGCUCGGGACAGUGACGAGGAAGAUGAUGAUGAAAAGAAAGGCCGAGGCUGUACCCUCCAGUACCAGCAUGCCAUGGUUCGAGUCUUGACCCAGUUUGUGGCCGAGGCUCCUGAUCCCGGGGGACAUCUGGCCUACCUGCUGGGCUCUGACUGGCAGGUGGACAUCACAGAGCUGAUAACUGACUUCAUGCAAGUGGAGGAGCCCAGGAUUGCCAAGCUGCAAGGAGGGCAGAUCCUGACUGGCCAGGAACUGGGCAUGACCACCAUCCAGAUCCUGUCCCCUCUGUCGGAUGCCAUCCUUGCAGAGAAGACCAUCACUGUGCUGGAUGAGAAGGUGACCAUCACAGACCUGGGGGUCCAGCUGGUAACGGGCCUUUCACUGUCCCUGCAGCUCAGCCCCGGGAGCAACAGAGCCAUUUUUGCCACUGCAGUGGCUCAGGAACUUCUGCAGAGGCCCAAACAGGAAGCAGCCAUCAGCUGCUGGGUCCAGUUCAGCGACGGUUCUGUCACGCCAUUGGACAUUUAUGAUGAAAAGGAUUUCUCCCUGAUGGCCACAUCCUUGGAUGAGAAGGUUGUCUCCAUUCUCCAGGACCCCAAAUUCAAGUGGCCUAUCAUCGCUGCAGAAAAUGAAGGACAGGGGCCCCUGGUGAAGGUGGAGAUGCUGAUCAGUGAAUCUUGCCAGAAAUCUAAGCGGAAGAGCGUGCUGGCCGUGGGGACCGCCAACAUCAAGGUUAAAUUUGGACAAAAUGAUGGGAACCCCAACAGCAGUGAGAGUGGACACCUUGGGGCCGGGCUUCACUUGGAAAAUAUCAGUGAUAGGAAAUCCAAAAAACCUUUGCAGGAAUGGGGGAGCCCCGAAGGGCCAUACUACAGCAGCUCAUCCAUGGGGCUCAUGGAGGGAUGGGGCAGUACAACCAAGAGGCCAACUUUCCAGAAGAAGGAAGGCCAGGAAAGCCUGUUAGAUGACAUCAUCUUCUCACAGACCAUGGCCACAGACCUCACCAGCUUCCCAGACCAGGUGGACCUCCCCAGGAGCAACACAGGCACAGAGGAGCAUGACCCCGAUCAGGCAGCCAAGGGCUUAAGUGACCUGGAAAUCGGGAUGUACGCUUUGCUGGGUGUCUUCUGCCUAGCUAUCUUGGUGUUCUUAAUUAAUUGUGUGACCUUUGCCCUGAAAUACAGGCACAAACAGGUUCCCUUUGAGGAGCAAGAAGGUCUGAGUCACUCUCAUGACUGGGUUGGGCUGAGCAACCGGACAGAGCUGUUGGGGAACCACAUGAACUUCACCUCCUCCCAAGAGGAGCAGAUCACUGCCAUUGACAGGGGUCUGGACUUCGAGGAGAGCAAACUUCUUCUCAGCUCAAACUCCCAGAGCAGCAUCAAUGGACAGCUAUUCAGGUCCACGGGAGCCAUGCUCACAGAUGAGAAAGAACAGAAGAGUGAACCCCCCACAUCCCCUACCUCCAAAAGGAAAAGAGUGACAUUCUCCACCUUCUCUGCCAUCUCCUCAGAUGACGGGUGUUCUGCUGGGAACACCAUGGUGUUGAGUAAUGAGGAUGACAUUAAGUGGGUCUGCCAGGCCCUGGACCCUGGAGAGUGUCCAGAACCUCACAGUUGCAUGGAGAGGCUACAUGAGCACGUGUAA